AUGUUUGCAGUUACGAGCGAGAGGACUAAGUACCAGCUGAGUCUUGGAACUUACUCAGGAACUGCUGGUGAUUCUCUUUCUGGUCAUCGUGGUUACCCCUUUACAACCAAAGAUCAGGAUAAUGACAUCUGGAGCAGUAACUGUGCUGUGCGGUAUAAAGGAGCCUGGUGGUACGAGGACUGUCAUGCUUCCAACCUGAACGGUCUGUAUCAUCACGGGAAACACUCGUCAGGGGCUGAUGGCGUCAACUGGCAUCACUGGAAAGGUUAUCGCUACUCCGCCAAGAGAGCUGAGAUGAAAAUCAGGCCAGUCAAGUUUUAAGAACUCUCCGUAGUUUCCUUGUUUACCUGCUGGUCAACGCAAACAAGUGUUUGAAAAAGAAAUGUUUAUUAAGUGCCUGGGUGAUUAAAAUCUCUGAAAAAUGA